AGUGGAGAUGGGCAAGAAAGCAGUACUGAUCGGCUGCAAUUACACAGGCACCAAGGCCGAGCUUAAAGGUUGCAUAAAUGACGUCCGUCGGAUGUACGCCUGCCUCGUCGAUCGCUACGGCUUCUCCGAGGACGACAUCAAGGUGCUCAUCGACACCGAUGACUCCUAUACGCAGCCUACCGGCCGGAAUAUUCGUCGAGCCGUCACCGAUCUUGUCCGAUCCGCCGAGCGCGGCGACGUUCUCUUCGUUCACUACAGCGGCCACGGCACUCGUCUCCCCGCCGAGACCGGAGACGACGACGACACCGGCUAUGACGAGUGCAUCGUCCCCUGCGACAUGAAUCUCAUCACCGAUGAUGAUUUCAGAGAGUUUGUAAAUAAGGUUCCAGAAGGUUGCCGAAUUACGUUUGUAUCAGAUUCUUGCCACAGUGGUGGCCUCAUUGAUGAGGCUAAAGAGCAAAUUGGUGAGAGCAUGAAGGGUUCUAACGAAGAGGAGGGCUCAGGUUUUGGAUUCAAAAGCUUCCUGCAACGUAAGGUGGAGGAUACAUUCGAGUCACGUGGAAUUCACCUCCCUUCUGGUUUGGGACACCGCCAUCGGCGUCAUGAUGAGGAUUCUGAAGACAGAGAGGCUGAGGCUGGAUAUGGCGACAGGGGGUAUUUGAAGAACAAAUCUUUGCCUCUUUCAACUUUAAUCGAGAUACUCAAGCAAAAAACUGGGAAGGAUGACAUUGAUGUGGGCAAGCUGAGACCGACUUUGUUUGACAUGUUUGGUGAGGAUGCCAGCCCUAAAGUAAAGAAGUUCAUGAAGGUCAUCCUGAAUAAAAUCCAGCAGAGUGGUGGAGAGGGCAGCGGUGAAGGCGGUGGAAUUAUGGGUAUGGUUGGAAGUUUGGCCCAGGAGUUCUUCAAGCAAAAGCUUGAGGACAAUGAUGAAGGGUAUGCAAAACCUGCCAUGAAAACUCAAGUGAGCAGCAAACAAGAGGUUUAUGCGGGAGCAACCAAACGAUCACUCGCUGAUAAUAGCAUUCUGAUAAGUGGCUGCCAAACGCAUGAAACUUCUGCUGAUGCCAGCCCAUCUGGCAACGCUGAUGAAGCUUACGGGGCUCUUAGCAAUGCAAUUCAGAUCAUAAUUGCUGAAACAGAUGGCUCAGUCACGUACCAGGAACUUGUAUUAAGGGCAAGGCAGAUGCUAAAAGGCCAGGGUUUCACCCAACGUCCCGGUCUCUACUGCAGUGACCAUCAUGUUGAUGCUCCUUUCUUGUGUUGAUAUUGCCAUUAUGAUGUUGCUCGGUACGAGAGUGAAUGAAUACUUCAGUUAUUUGUGGUAUGUUUGGUGUGAUUGUAUUACCAUAUGUUUGGUUUGGUGUAUGAUGCGCAAAUUUGGAAACAAGUUGUAUGUACUUGAUUUUGAACCAAAUGCUAUUCUGUACUUGUGCUGUAGAAACUGGUCAGGCAUUUGCAAUGAUUGUUGAACCAAGAGCUAUUCUGCCA